UUUUUCAUUAAGCCCACAUUUCUGUAUUAAAAAGUAUUUUUGUUGGUCUGAAUUGAAUCAUAUGUCAUGUUUUUUCAUCAGCCAUAAUUGUGGAAAAUCAUCACAGGCUUGAAACUGUAUCAACAUCUAUACAGUAUGCUACACAGAGUGAAUUGGGUGACUGAGGUACCUGUACUUUGAAAUAUUUGCUUGUAUUGAAUGACUCUGUACCCAUCAUUUAUCUAUAUUUGCCCAAAUUAUGUGCAACUCUUACUGAGUGGAUUUGUUUGUCCCUGAGUGCAGUGUUUUAGUUCAGUGAUAGCACUUGAGAUUGAAUGGGAAGAACAAAAAAUAAUCAUUUCUGCUUAUAGGAAAACAUACAUUGGCUGGUAUAAAAGAGGCUAAAUUCUCAUAAUAUACCCUUACGAAAACUUACCAGACUGUACAUUUGAGAAACUUAAAUAUAGGGUGGUUGAAGAUUACAUGAAAGUCGUUUAACUCAAACUUCAGUGUGGUUGCUAGGCUUCCUUGAGGUUGCCCUGGUAACAGUGGAGCUGCUGGAAUCUUCCUGGCCACGCGGGGGAGCUGUCCGGUAUGUGUAGCGCUCACCGCCGGUGGAAGAGCUACUCCGUUGCUACGUCACCACAUUUCACCGAAGGCUUUGAAACGGCUUGGAAAAGCCUAGAAGUUCAUCCUGAGAAGCUUCCAGAAACAGAGAUAAGAUGAGGGGCGCUGCUCUCCUGCUCACGUCCUGUGUAGUUGUGUUUCUCCUCCUGAGCUUCAGCCGCGCUGCCAGACAAGGACAGGACAUCAGAUGUGGAGCCUGCAGGGCUCUGGUUGAUGAGAUGGAGUGGACCAUAUCCCAGGUAGAUCCAAAGAAAAUGAUCCAGACUGGAUCCUUCAGGAUCAAUCCGGAUGGGAGUCAGUCCAUCAGAGAGGUUCCCCUGGCACGCUCAGAGGGAAACCUCCUGGAUCUGAUGGAGAGUGUGUGUGAGAGGAUGGAGGACUACGGAGAGCGCACAGAUCCGUCCACAAACAGGAAGUCCUACGUCAGGGUCAAGUCUCGGACCGGUGAGGCCCUGGACCUCUCAGAGGCCGCGUUGGACUCAAGAGCGACAUCCAGUUUAAAAUUUGCAUGUGAAACAAUUGUCGAACAUCACGAAGAUGAAAUUAUCGAAUUCUUCGCUCAUGAAACGGAUAAUGUCAAAGACAAACUCUGCAGUAAAAGGACAGACCUGUGUGACCAUGCCUUAAACAUUCCCCAUGAUGAGCUUUGAUAUUCUCUUGUCAGAGCUGCGAUCUCUGACACAAACCAAAUCUUCUGGUGCUGUAAAGUCUCAUGACAUUGCCUCAAGAUGUAAACAAAUCUUUUUAUAUAAGAUCACAGAGAAUUUAGGAGCACUUAUCGUCUAAUUAUGCUGUGUUGUUUUUGGUUACCCAUCCAGUUACUGUAUGUUAUAUAUUUGUUUCUUUCAUUCCCAUCAAACACUCCUCAUUAAACUCAAACUGUGAACAAUAAGAAUUAAUAUUUAGUGUCCUGUUGGAAAUUUAGAAUUACACUUAAAGUUAAUUUAUCUGUCCUGAUUUAUAGCAUUAAUCUGAGGCCUCCUGUCUUGUUUUUCUUUAAUUAGAUCUUUAGAUUAAGUCAAUCUAAUGGUUUACUUAAAGAUUAAAAAUUGUACAAAUAAAUUUGAUUUAAGUGAAGUUAGGUUUUCCAUGGCAAAUAUUUUCUGAGUAGUCCUUAUCUCUUGAAAAGUACCUCCCCAACAACUGCACAAACUGAAUGUAAUAACUCACAACUCAAUUACAUGGUGCACAGACUGCAUAUACCCUGUUUUACAGAAGGACUUAUGAAUCCACCAAAAUAUACCUACAUUUUAUGCUCAUGUUUAGCAAUAUAACAUUUCUUUUAAUUUUGAUGUGGUAGUUUUUCUACCACCUGGAUUACAAAUGGCUAGCAUUAGAAGAAAACCUUCAUGUCGGUAAGCCAGACUGUUUCUUCAGUCUCUAACCGGCAACGUAUGUCCAUGUUUCAGUUUCAGCCUUUUCACUAUAAAAACUAACAAACAGAUGAUUUAAAAAAAAGUAAAAAAACAAAAACAUUUUCAUCAAGACUGUUGAGUCUGUUUACAUCUUAGUUUGAAAAUUUGUGUUAAGAUUUCUGGCUUAGAGUGACCUUAUGUUUAAUUGUCUUAAUUCACCUACAUUUUUUCUUCAAUAAAGCAAAAAGGUGUUAAGUAGUUAAUUUUUUUUUCUUUUACAUCCAUUACAUAUUGUGUUAUUCAUAAUUUUUUGAUUAGGACAACAUGUAAUAUUUAAUAGGAUUAAUUUAAGUAUGGUCAUGUGGAUAUUUAAGUUUAGUUCCUCUGUCAGCAUAAUUAUGCCAAACCCUUGUUACAUCAAUAGAGUGAUCUGUGUUAUGAUGCUAAGCUGAUGGUGAAUGAACAAAACUUACAUUCUGGCUUUUAUUUAAAAAUAAACAAACAAAAAAACUGUUUCACAAGUGACUUGAAAUUUCCACAUUUGUAUGAAUUUCAGAAUCUGUUUUCUCUUCAAAUAUAUUUCUAUGACCUCAACAUGAGUUCAGCCUUUAUUUCUAGACUCAAGACAUAAAUAAUCUGAAACAUCUCAUAAACAUCUCAUUCUCCACACUGAAACCUAAGCAAACAUUUUAUUUUCUGUUUUUAUCACUCAACAAUCGACUACAAAACCUCUGAAAUUACUUUAGCAGUAUGGGUAAAAUUAAGAUAUUGUACAGUGACUUGCAAAAAUAUCCUCACUCCUUGAAAUAUUUACAGCUAAAAUGUUAUACAUAACUGUGUGGUAUAAAAUAAAGAAAUUGGAAGAAAAUUGAUGCUUUGAAUUGCAGCUCUAGUUUUAAGUUUAGCAUUGUUGUAAACCUCUGCUCUACUCUCAAGUAUUUAGCUUUUUUUGAAUAGGUUUGCUGCCUGGUAAUCUUGAUAAGUGGUCCAGUCAACCUUGACCAUUUUCCCUGUUCCUACUGAAGAAAAUCACCCCCACGGCGUGAUGCCCCAACCACCAUGUUUUACCCUGGGUAUGGUGUGUUCAGAGAGACAGGAGUCUUUCUCAGGAACUACAUGUACAGUUUGGACGUUGGUCAAAAAGUUAAAUUAUGUCCUUAUCUGGUCCAGAGCACCUUCUUCGUCGUGUUUGCUGUGCUCUGCAAACAUGACGACUUCUUGUGGCUUUCUUAAAGAAAAAAAGGAUGGCUCCUUGCCAUUCUUCCAAAAAAAGAUAGGAUUUAUGGUAUGAAGUGAAUGACUACACCCUGACCUUUCCUGAAGCUCAGAAUGUUGUUUUAUAACCUAUUCCUACUUUAAAUCUCUCCACAACUUCCUCACUGAUCUGUCUGCUGUGUUCAUUGACCAUCAUGAUGCUCAUCAUGAAAAUAUUAAUGACUUCAUUAAUGUUUUCUAAGAAAACUCGGAACAGCUGGAUUCUACUAAGAUUAAAUUACGCUCUUGUUCACUAAUAAAGUGACUUCUGGUAGCAA